CCGUUCCCGUAUCCGACUCUCCGCCCCCUCCCCCGUGUAUAAAGGCACCCUCCCCCCCUCGCUUCCUCAUCCAUCCAGUCCCCAAUAUCUCGACGAAAUCCUCUAGGCUCUAGCGAUCGAAGCGAAGCCAAGGAGCCUCCCCCGAUCCUCUCAAGAUGCAGAUCUUUGUCAAGACCCUCACCGGCAAGACCAUCACCCUCGAGGUCGAGUCCUCGGACACCAUUGACAACGUCAAGGCUAAGAUCCAGGACAAGGAAGGCAUCCCCCCGGACCAGCAGAGGCUCAUCUUUGCUGGAAAGCAGCUCGAGGAUGGCCGCACCCUCGCUGACUACAACAUCCAGAAGGAGUCGACCCUCCACUUGGUGCUCAGGCUCAGGGGAGGCAUGCAGAUCUUCGUCAAGACCCUCACUGGCAAGACCAUCACGCUUGAGGUCGAGUCCUCAGACACGAUCGACAACGUGAAGGCCAAGAUCCAGGACAAGGAGGGCAUCCCCCCGGACCAGCAGCGUCUCAUCUUUGCUGGCAAGCAGCUUGAGGAUGGCCGCACCCUCGCUGACUACAACAUCCAGAAGGAGUCCACCCUCCACCUCGUGCUCAGGCUCAGGGGUGGAAUGCAGAUCUUCGUCAAGACCCUCACUGGCAAGACCAUCACUCUUGAGGUCGAGUCCUCAGACACGAUCGACAACGUGAAGGCCAAGAUCCAGGACAAGGAGGGCAUCCCCCCGGACCAGCAGCGUCUGAUCUUUGCCGGCAAGCAGCUGGAGGAUGGCCGCACCCUUGCUGACUACAACAUCCAGAAGGAGUCCACCCUCCACCUGGUGCUUCGCCUCCGGGGUGGCCAGUAACUUCACAGGGCUCAUUGUGCUGCUGUCGUCCAUGGGUUCACAAGUUUGGUUGUCUCUCCAAUGGAGAUUGUCUGUGUCGUGCUGUGUUCUGUGUCCUGGUCUUCUACUGGUGCAAGUCCUAUGUCGUCCGGUUGUGUUUGUGAACAUUUGCUGCUGUGCAGCAUCUUGGUUGAACUGUGAUGAAAUAAGUGAACCCUGAAUUUGUUUGGCAAUCUGUUUGUUAAUGGUUUCUGGA